CUCACUGAAAAAGUUUAUAAUCGUUUGAAUGAAAUUCAAAAAAUUUAUUUAACACACACUAAAUUAAAUGAUCAAUUCGUUAUAAGAUUUGCCGCAGGAAGCCCAUGGACCACUGAGGAACAUGUAGACAGGGCACUUGACCUUAUAGUAAAGACUACUAAGGAAGUUAUUGGAAUUAAGGAUGAAAAUAAUAUUUUUUCUUAA